AAUAGUCUCGCUCGAAAAUUAAACGAGAGACAACAAAACGAGCCAACAGACACAAGACAGUGAUUUUUAAAUCGACAUGAUGAAUUUGGCGGAUCAAGAGGUACCAGCCGAUAACAACGCCGAUCUUAACAGAAUGACCGGCGACGGGUACAGUAGAUUGAGUGAUCCGGUGCACCCCAUCACCUCCGGGUAUUACGUGUCACCGUCCGGAGUCGAGAAGACACAUGGUGGUGACUUAUAUCCCAGUCAAGAAUACCGACAAGAACCGUGGCUUCAGGAUGGUAGCAGCUGCGAGACCGAAGACAGCGAGCAAUACGUGCCAGAAUUUCAUCACAUAUCAAGUGGUGGGGUGAAACAGGAAGCAGCUGGUAACUGCAGACGAAGUGCUGUGGUGGAAAGUACGGAAGUGACUGAGGUCACGGAGACACCGGAAGCGAGCUAUCAUCCGCAGUACAACUCCGCCUUGCAGGCUCAUUCCCAUUCGCAAAGCAACAAUUUCUUGGAUCUCAGCCCAGCUACGCCAGCUUCUUGUUACGGCAGUAAUCGAUUGACUUCCCAACGAGGUAAAUCAGGAUCAAAAAGUAUCGCGGUCAAGGAGGAACCGACGGAUCGAGGUUACAUCGAGCCAACCAGCACCGUGACUACCCUGUCUUCGUCAGGACCUGCCGAGCACAACGGAAGCAGCCUGGUCUAUCAACCUUCGCAGCAACAGCAACAGCAGCAGCAGUAUUCCAACGGAACUGCGCCAAGGGAGUCUAGAAGUUCUCCAACAUCAAGCCGGCCGACGAGCGCCUCCUCGGCAACGUCCCAAUGGCCAUCGGUGGCACCCCCUUCGAGCACCGAAGGGUACGCAGCGCGUCAAGAGACUGCUUGGAACGCGGACAUCUACGCGAAGCGCAGCGUAACACCGACGUGGACCGAGCUUGGAACGCCAUUGGAGACGCGGACUUCGAGCACCUCCGCCACUUCCUGGGACCGACAGUCCUCCUGCUACCAGAAGAGGACCUCACCCACUCCUUGGAGUUCGGAUUACGCUAAGAGGUCACCAACCGCCACCCCCUCACCGUGGGGUGAAGUUGCCGUUGGGUACCAACAGCAGAGAAGAGGUUCCCUUCAACUAUGGCAGUUCCUUGUCGCUCUUUUGGAUGACCCGGCUAAUGCACCUUGCAUAGCGUGGACCGGACGUGGAAUGGAGUUCAAGCUUAUCGAGCCGGAAGAGGUCGCGAGGAGGUGGGGCGUCCAGAAGAACAGGCCUGCAAUGAACUACGACAAGCUAAGCAGGUCUUUGCGGUACUAUUACGAAAAGGGGAUAAUGCAGAAGGUAGCUGGCGAACGGUACGUUUACAAGUUCGUCUGCGAUCCAGAGGCCCUCUUCAACAUGGCCUACGGAUCAGGCAGUACCACUGCUGGUGUUCCCACGGAAAUCCAGACCACCGGUGUUAGGAGCAGCCAUUCUGCCGUUGCGAAGACCACUUCUACCACCGAAUCCACGGAUUUGGGAAAGCACAGCUCAGCUGGAUAUGGUGACGCCGUUUUGGCAAUGUACUCCAACACCGCUGCAGUUUACGGAAGCCACAGUCUACAUCACCUGCAUCAAUACCUGGGCAGUGCGAAUGAGGGCUUCAAAACACCAUCGGCAAGGUAUCCAGCGCACUAUGCACACCAGUAUACCAACAACAACCACCACCACCACCAUCAUCACCCCUCGACGGCUUACACGGAGUCAUUUUUGAACUACGGUCGGCUUUCUGCACACGAUUUCUCGCUGGAUGUCAGAGCCCACGAGUCUGGGAGGACCAGCAGCGGUUACCAUCAGAGUACCGAAUCCUCGACGUUAUCGGCCGGGACCAGAGAAAUUGAUACAGACAGAACUCGGGCCUCUGAAACGACCGGCGUUGAUGCUGCGCGCGCCCAAUUAUCGGCCACCAGCGUUACCGACACGCAAGCACCGCUGCUCGAUGGCAGUGCAGGCGCGAAACUCGAUCAAACGUCGUAUCACUGCCUAGGAGUCGGCAGCUGCGUGUGUUGAGAUUACCGGUCGUUCCGACGGACUUUUAAUCGACAGGAAAAAAGUCGAUUGUAAAUAUUGCGCAACACCCUGGGAUUGAGGUUGUCGUAAUUGUGCGCUUGGUCGUGCAUGGCAACGAUAAUUACUUAUAGUAAUAGUGUCCGAAAUCAGUAUGAAAUUCUAUAAUAAUAUAGAAUAAUCUCGAUCUAGUCGACGCAAAACUUUGUGAUUUAUUUAUUUUAUUGUUGCUGUCAAGCGUGAUGAUUACCACACGGUAAUAGUGUUAUCGCUUGCGGGAUAGGUUUAUUAACAAUUAAUUA